AUGCAGAAUUUAAAACGGGAUGUCUACCUAGGAGCCUACCUGAAUGGUCUCCACUGCAAUGCACACUGGCAAAUGGUGGUCAUUUUGCUUAAGGAAAAUCUUGUUGUAUGGUUUUGUUCCUUGCAUAAUAGGCUAGACAAUUACCUAAAAGGAAUCAUUAACAGUGCUUUGAAAGGAUUGGACGAUACUUCACAACCUAAAUCCAAGGCUGGUGCUAGGUGGAUUGUUGUUAAAUGUAAUAGACAAAAAGGAAGCACAAAGUGUGGCUAUUACGUGAUACACUGGAUGUCCACUAUAAUCUUGAGAAGUUUCAGGAAUAAUUGGGAAACAUAUUUUAAUGAUGUUAGGCCAUUGGAAGCAGAGAGAUUGAAGGCGCUUCGCAUCCAGUGGACACAGUAUUAUCUCAAAGUUAGAAAUCAAACUUAG